GUUGGACUUUGGCGAGUGGUGAAUGCGCCGUGGUGGAAGAAAAGCAAACGGCUGGACCGCCGGGAUUGAUUCCGAUCGGAACUGCACAGCACGUCACCCCUCCACAGCCCCUCCAGAGCGUUGUCUUGCACAAUAAGAAUCUCAACAACACCAAUUGCGCACUCAGAUCUCAAGAUGCACAUUCUCGUAACAAACGACGACGGCCCGCCCUCAGACCAGUCUUCGCCCUACGUGCACUCGCUCGUCUCGACACUACAGAAAUUCGGCCACACGGUCAGCGUUGUCCUCCCGCAUACACAACGCUCAUGGAUCGGAAAGGCUCAUCUCGUGGGUAAGGCUAUCAAGCCUACGUACUACCGCCCUGCGCCACUGCAGACGACGAGCGAGGGCCGCCUCACCAACCACGGCACCACCCAUAAUACACCACUACCCCCCAACUCGACCGAAGAGGAAUGGGUGCUUGUCGACUCAACGCCCGCCUCGUGCGCCCAGAUUGGCCUGUUCCACUACUUCGAGUCGCGAGGGCCAAUUGACCUGGUCGUCAGCGGGCCCAACUACGGCCGCAACAGUACGGCUGUGUUUUCGCUAUCAUCCGGCACGAUUGGUGGCGCCAUGGAGGCCGCAGUUUGCGGUGCUAAGUCUAUAGCCCUAUCCUACGCCUUCUUCGACCGCAACCACGAUGCCGCCAUCAUCAGCGGCGCCUCCGAUCUCAGCGCCAAACUUAUUCAGUACCUGUACGACAACUGGGACGCCAACACACAUCUGUACACGGUGAAUGUGCCACUCGUCGAGGGCGUUGGGGAGAGGAAGAUCCUGUGGACCAACAUGCUGCAAAACCAGUGGAAAUCUGGCUCAUGUUUUCAGGUCGUCGAAGUCCCCUCUGAAGCCGGCGACUCGCCGGCAGACAUCGAGAACCAGAUCCGCAAACAGGAGGAGAAGCUCGGCAAGAAGGAGUUGCGCUCAAACAACGACCUUCUACCGGAGAGCCAAGCAGGGUCAGGCACGGCCACGCCGAGCGGCCAGCCGCAUAUGCGCUAUUCGCACAAGCAGUUCAAGUGGGCGCCGCAAUUCAAGGAUGUGUACGAGAGCGUGGAGAACAGCGAGCCCGGGAAUGAUGGUUGGGCUGUUGCGCAGGGGUAUACCAGCGUGACGCCGCUGAGGGCGAACUUCAUGCAUGUUACUGCAGACAAGUUCAAGGGGGAGAUAUCGCUAUGAACUGGAGCGGGGCACACAGUAGAGUGAACAGCAAUGUCGCGGGCAAUGGUGCCAAUCAGGAUCUGAGGAGUGGCAUCAUGCAAGCUUGAUAGAAUCAAUAAUCAAAGGCAUUGAUGAGCCAGGGUCGCCACAUCCGGACCCGAUACAGUCUGCUCCCUCACAUGCGAGACGGGAUAUACCACCGAGACCA